AAUUUAUUAUACAGGAAGUCAUUAACCUCAUAUCAUCUCUUCACAAAGGCAUUAUACUAUCUCAUCACAAGAAGAAUGAGUAUAGUAUAAUAAGAUAUUUUGAGAGAGAGAUUAAAUUCAUAUACCUUUGAUUAUGGUAUAUUUUUAUAAUUGGUCGAUUUCACUGUUGUUAAUCUCUCCCUGUGCUUAACUUAUAAAUUUAACUUUAUUAUAGAUAUGUGUGUAUGAGAAAAGACAUACCAGAUAGAGGAAUCAAUGUUAUCUACAGUUUCAGGAACCCACUGAGGGCUUAGAAUCUUUACCCUGCAGAUAAGUGGACACAACUGUAUUUAUGGGAAUCUAAGCUUUUAAUAGAAUUAGUGAUAAUAACUAGUAAUUAAGUCAGACUCUAUUAAUGUAUUCAACAGAGUUAUGGGUGGUGGAGUUGUAGAAAUUCCUUCUAUAAAUUAUGGUACUAAGGGCCAGUGCCAUGGCGCAGUAGGCUAAUCCCACCUGUGGUGACGGCAUGCCAUAUGGGCGCCAGUUCUAGUCCCAGUUGCUUCACUUCCAAUCCAACUCUCUGCUAUGGCUUGGGAGAGCAAUAGAAGAUGGCCUAAGUCCUUGGGCCCUGCACCCAUGUGGGAGAUCCAGAAGAAGUGCCCAGCUCCUGGCUUUGGAUUGGCGCAGUUCUGGCCAUCACAGCCAUUUGGAGAGUGAACCAACGAAAGGAAGACCUUCUCUCUGUCUCUCCCUGUCACUGUCUGUAACUCUAGCUCUCAAAUAAAAUAAAUAAAAUCUUUUAAAAAAUUAUGGUACUAAAAUCAUACUACUUGGGGCAGGCGCUGUAGUGUAAGUAUUAGGUUAAGCCUCUGCCUACAGUGCUGGCAUUCCAUAUGGGCACCAGUUCAUGCCCCAGUUGUUCUUUUUCUGAUCUAGGUGCCUGCUAAUGGCCUGGGAAAGCAGUGAGAGAUGGCCCAAGCUCCUGGGCCCCUGCCAUCCAUGCAGGAGACCUGGCAGAAGCUCCUGGUUUUGGAUUGGCCCAGCUCCAGCCAUUGCAGCCAUUUGAAGAGUAAAUCAGUGGAUGGAAGACCACUCUCUCUGUUUCUCCCUCUCUCUUUCUGUAACUCUGCCUCUCAAAUAAAUACAUAAAUCUUUAAAAAUAUGAUACUAUUCUUGCAGCCAAACACUUUGACCACAGGCUUAAAUCUAUUAUAAAGCUAGAUGAAGGGGUUGGGGCACUGUGACUCAGAGGAUUAAAUCCCCAACCUACAGUGCUGGCAUCCCAAAUACGUGCCAGUUUGAGUCCUGGCUAUUCCACUUCCAGUCAAGCUCCCUGCUAAUAUACCAGGGAGAGCAGCAGAGGAUGGCCCAACUGCUUGGGCCUCUGCACCUAUGUGGGAGACCUGGAAGAAGCUCCUGGCUCCUGGCUUCAGCCUGGCCCAACUCCAGACAUUUUGGUCAUCUAGGGAGUAAACCAGGGGCUAGAAGAUCUCUAUCUGUCUCUCCUUCACUCUCUAUAACUCUGCCUUUCAAAUAAAUAAAUAAAUCUUCAAAAAAAAGUUAGAUGAAGCCAUUCUGUAUGUAUUUUAAACAUUAUUUCAGAAACAGAACACCAACAGGAAUUCCAUUAAAGGUAGAAAUAAGUGGAUGAAAACAUGAACAUUCCACAAUUGGCAUCAAACAAAGUAAUAAACAUUUCUUAUUUUAAUUUGCAAAAGAGCAAAAAUUUAGGAAACAAAUAUUAGGCAAGUGUAAGGGAAAUUUUAUUUAUAAAUCUUGCUUAAUCUCUAUUUGUUUGACUACAUUUUACCUUCUAAAAUCUGAAUUCCUUUCUGUUUUGAGGGGAACCUAAAUACACUCCACUUCCUAUAGUGAGACACAGGGGACAGAUAAGAUUUUGUGAACUCUGGCUGCCAGGGCUCAGGUGAGUGACUUCAUUUCAAGCAAAUGGACUUUCAAGCCCAAUUCAUUGAACCACAUAAUUAAUUAAAAGAGUUUUAGGUUGGGGCUAACAGUGGAGUAAAGUUUAGGAGUUUUGCUGCUCCUGUGAGGACAGCGGCAGGUUCAGCUGCGGCGUUAUAGCCAUACCAUUCUUAUGACAGGGCCACCUGCUCGUGUGCUUGACUGAGCCUCUGUUGGAUCAUGGGGCUUUCUGGUUGGGUGCUUUAGCUUUCUUGUCAAUUAUAUAAGGUGUUGCACAUCUGAGGAUGUAUGGGCAUUUUCUAAAAUCUCCCAAUAAUUUUUAUAUCCUUGAGGAAUCCUCUCUUAUUAAGCGUGGGAUGGACAUGAUAACUUGAUUCUAACAGAAUAUGGCAAAUAUGAUGGCAUAUUGCUUUGGAAAUUGUUACAAGAAGACAGUGACUUCUGUCUUCAUUGUACUCGUUCUCAAUUCUGCUUGCUUGCUUUGGGGGAAGCCAGGUGACAUUUUGUGAGCAACCAUCUGCAGAAAUUGACAUGAUAAGGAACUAAUAUUUCUGACCAACAACCAGCAAGAACCUGAGGUUUGUCAUCAUUCACGUGGGUGAGUUUGAAAGCAAGUUCUCUACCAGUCAAGCAUUGAAAUGAAAGCAGCCCCAGUGUAGACCAUAACUGAAGUCUGUGACAGACCAUUAGCCAAAACCAACUAACUGAACCAUGCUUUAUAUCCUGACCCACAGACACUAUGCAAUAACAUCAGUGCCCGUUGUUGUCAGUUGCUAACUAAUACAAUUUCCCUCCAGAUAGUCCAUUUUCUGAUUACUUAAGUAAACCAGAGUUUGUUCCUGUUGGUUGCAACCAAGGAUGUAGUGUUUGUUAAUAGGGAUGGAAAUAGAUGAUGCCUAUUAUAGCAGGGACUGAAGGUUGUGAAUAUUUUCUUAAGAUUCUGAAUAAAACAUCUGGAAACUCAUUUUAUAUAAUAGUAAAACAGUUAUUUAAAUUUUUACCUCUGAUCAAUUAUAGUAAAAUACUCUUUGUUGGCAAAACUUGGAAUAGACAAUAUCUAAUGUGCCUUAGAAGACUAAUAGAGGUAUGAGGAAUCUAAGCAUGAUGAAGUGGAAUAGCUUCUUCUAACAAUACUAGAUGGAUGACAGAAGGAGAGUGAUAGUUGUAAAUUCUUAGAUUCCGAAUGCAAAACAUGGAUUUUUAUUAUUUUGCCAAAGAUUGACUAUCCUUUUGAAGCCGUAGUGAUGAAUGGGAUUAAGGCCUUUAUAAAACAGGCUUACUACAGCAUUUGGCCCUUAUCCUUCUGCCUUCUAUUAGGUGAGGACACAGCGACAAGGCACAAUUUGGAAAUACAAUGACCUUCACCAGACAGUAAUGCUGGCAGCUUGAUCUUUGAUUUCCUAGAACUGUAAGAAAUAACUUUCUGUUCAUUAUAAAUUUUGGAAGCACAGAUAUUUUGUUAUAUUAACACAACUGGACUAAGAAAAUUGGCUAUUCUGUGAGAUGCUGGAGGUGAAAGUGGUUCCUUGAUUGCAGUGGGGAUGGUUGAUCCUGUGAGACAGAGGUGAAUGAUCAGCCAUUUGCCUUCACUGACAAAGUGGCCAAACCAUAGCAUCCUAGUCAGAAUGCUUUAUAUACAUCGCAGAUUAGGUAGUAGGGGAGAUAAAAUAUCUGGGUAGUCAACUAAUAUUCCAUUUGAUUGGGCUGAGGCCCAACAAAUUACAUUAUUACAAAUUCUGUAGUCAUUUUCCUAAUUACCAAAUGAAUUAAUCAAACUCAGAAUCUAUGAAUGAAGAGAAUUUAAAGUGACUUGGAGAAAAAACAAACACCUAUGUUCAUUCUAGUAUUCUUCAAAUUAUGUUCCCUUGGGGACUGGUGCCGUGGCACAGUAGGUUAAUUCUCCACCUGUGGCACCAGCAUCCGAUAUAGGCGCUGGUUCUAGUCCCUGCUACACCUCUUCCAAUCCAAUUCUCUGCUGUGGCCUAGGAAAGCAGUAGAAGAUGACCCAAGUUCUUGGGCCCCUGCACCCACAUGGGAGACCGAGAAGAAACACCUGGCUCCUGGCUUCGGAUCAGUGCAGCUGUUGUGGCCAUUUGGGGAGUGAACCCGCAGAUGGAAGAUCUUUCUCUCUGUCUGUCCCUCUCACUGUCUGUAACUCUACCUCUCAAAUAAAUAAAUAAAAUAUUUUAAAAAAUUGUGUUUCCACUCUUUCAAUCUUUGUCCCAACUGUGCCAUUUUUAUGACUAUCUGGCAUUCCCUGUGAGUGGACACCAAUUUCCAACGAUUCACAAUGCCACUACAGAUUGCCAGUCAUAGUAGGAGUUUUACUACUAUGACUGGCAUUAAUAGAAUCUUGACCCAGGUGAAGUUUCAUCACUAAGAGGACGGCAGAGUGUAGGAUGAUAAGGAAGUAUUUUAAAGGUGCAGAGGAAUUGAUUUAUAUCCUGUACUCAUUUGUCUUUGCUAUGGCUGGUGCUGAGGAUAGAUGAGUCCUGGAAAAUUCCAUGUGGUUACUUAAGUUGAAAUUUUUUCAAGUGUGAUCUCCUUGCUGGAGCAAAUCAAUGGACUCUGAGCCCUAGUAUGAAAUUACUUAUGUGGAAAAAAUGUUUUUAAAAAUUUCCUUUUUUUACUGAUCAGAAGAUAACAGAACUUUUAAAAUCCAGAUUGUCUCCUAAUUUGACCUAGCAUUCCAUCAUCUUGUCGUUACACUACAUUGAUUAUACCAUGCUGAUAAACCCUGGAAGAGUUAUCAUAAAAGUGAUGAGAUAUUUGCAUGACAUUUAUUCUUUUCUUUUUUUAUUUAUAUAAGGUGAGCAAAUUUCAUGUAUUUCAUAUAUACAGAUUUAGAAACAGUGAAAAAUAGUUAUUAAGUGACUACUUUGUGUCAGUCUGCUGAAAAUGUAGCUGUGAACAAAAGGGAGUUUCUCUUCUCAAGAGCUAACAUCAUGGAAAGGAUAGACUGAUGAUAAAUAAACAAGUGUGUAAAUAAGUCACAUAUCAAAUUCUGAUGAAUGCCACACAAAAACUCAAGUAGAAUCAAAGGAAUACAGGAACUCAGUGGGUACGGCACUGCUCUCUAAUGUUGGAGAUCAGAGGAGGCUAAACUGAAAGAUAAUAUACUAAUGGAGACCAUAUGGAAGAGAGGGAGACAAAAUGAAAGACCAUGAAGAAGAAAAUUUUAAAUACAGGGAAUAUAAAAUGUAUAAAAGCAGUGACCUAUAUUUGAAACUCAUCAGUAUAACUUCCAGACAGUGAGUGAGGUGGGGAUAAAGAUAAGGCAGCAGAUAAGGUUAUCUUUGAGUGGGUUGGGAAACAGAAGCAUGAUUUUGUGCUGAAGUGUGACAUGAUGUGAUUUGUAUUUUUAAAAGAUUAUUGUGGUUUAUAUAUUAUGAACACCCUAGGUGGAAAAGUGGAUGCAAUUAGCAGAUUAUAAUUGUAAUGAUUAAGAUGAGAGAAGUUGAUGAUAUCUUGAAGCUGCUUGAUAAGAGUAAGAGGUAGUGAGAAGUUUUGUUUGUGUGUGUAUGUGUGUAAAUUUAUUUUCUUUUCUAAAAAUUUAAUUAUAUUUUAUUUGAAAGGCAGAAAGAGAUCAUGUCAGAGAGAAAGAGAUCUUCUACCCACUUGUUCAUUCCCCAAAUACUCACAAUAGUCAGGGCUGGGCCAGGCUGAAGCCAGAAUCCUGGAACUUAAUCCUGGUCUCCUAAGGAGCUGGCAUAAACUCGAACACUUGACCCAUUUCCUGCUUUCUCUCAGGUUGUGGAUAAGCAGGAAGCUGGAUUGGAAGCAGAGGAUCUGGGACUCAAAUCAGCACUCCCAUCCUGUAUGUAGAUGCCAAUAUGAUAUUGCUACUACCAGGUUUAUGCACGCAUGUUACAGAAAGUUAAAUAUCCCAGCAAGGCACAGGAGAGGUGCUUGUUCCUCAGGCUGUCUGAGAUCUCAGCUGAAAGGAUUGAAGCCUGAAGGUCUGGAAUCACUGGAACUGAGGCAGGAGGGUCUGUUGGGAAGUUGGCAUGCUCAGCCGCUUGGCAAGUUCUUUCCUCUCCAGGUGGCCCCUCCUCACUACAGUUUGAGCAUCUUCAUGACAUGGUAUCUGGCUUCAAUCAAAACCAGAGAUUCAAAAAUUGGGGAAGCAAGUGUCUACUGCAGAGUACAGGAGUCCUCCAGCAUCAGAAUCAAAGAGGCCCAGCUCCACUCCCUGCUUGCUUGGCCAAAAGGUGUGUUUUGCUGACUUGAAGCAUCCCUGUUACAAAAUGGCCUACUUCCAUGAGCUGUCCAGCCGCGUGAGCUUUCAGGAAGCCCGCCUGGCUUGUGAGAGUGAGGGAGGCGUCCUCCUCAGCCUCGAGAAUGCGGCAGAACAGCAGCUGAUGGAGAGCAUGCUGCAAAACUUGACAAAGCCCGGGACAGGGAUCUCUGAUGGUGACUUCUGGAUAGGUCUUUGGAGAAAUGGAGAUGGACAGACCUCUGGUGCCUGCCCCGAUCUCUACCGGUGGUCUGAUGGAAGCAGUUCCCAGUACCGAAACUGGUAUACCGAUGAACCUUCCUGUGGAAGUGAAAAGUGUGUUGUGAUGUAUCAUCAACCAACUGCCAAUCCUGGUCUUGGGGGCCCCUACCUUUACCAGUGGAAUGACGACAGGUGCAACAUGAAACACAAUUACAUCUGCAAAUAUGAGCCAGAGGUUCAUCCAACAGAUCCUGUGGAAAAACCUUAUCUUACAAAUCAACCAGGAGAUACCCAAGAAAAUGUGGUUGUUACUGAAGCAGGCAUUAUUCCCAAUCUUAUUUAUGUUGUCAUACCAACAAUACCGCUGCUCUUAUUGAUACUGGUUGCUUUUGGAACUUGCUGUUUCCAGAUGCUGCAUAAAAGUAAAGGAAGAACAAAAACUAGCCCAAACCAGUCCACACUGUGGAUUUCGAAAAGUACCAGAAAGGAAAGUGGCAUGGAAGUAUAAGGAUUUAUUGACUUGGCUCCAGAAAAGAAAAGGGUUUUGUAAUUCUGGAUCUGUAUAAUGAAUGGCAUCAGAACAUUAGCUUGCAAUGGCUUGAACUCUCAAAGGAUCUGCAAGAUGAACUGUAAGCUCCCCCUUGAGGCAAAUGUUAAAAUAAUUUUAUAUGUUUGUUAUUUCAUUUACAAAAUGCGCUGUGCUAAUAAUGGAGUGAGACAUGCUUAUUUUGCUAAAGGAUGCACCAAACUUCAAGUAAAUGGAAUGGACCACACAGAUAAAAUUGCUGUCAACACUCAGGAGUGUGUUGGAAGCAGUUAUUUUUAUUUCUUUCAUUUGUCAUAAGGUGUAAUCUAGUUGAUGUAAAUUGUAUUGAAAUUUACAGUGUGCAAAUAUAUUUUGCCUUUGCAUAAAUGUUUGAUAAAAAUGGACUGUUCUAAUAUUUAUUUUUAUGGCAUUUCAUUUUUCAAUACAUGUUGUUUUGAUUAAAGAAGUUUACUAUUAUCAAUUAAAUUCACACCACACACGAUAUAUUACCAUCACACAAAUAUAUUACUAUAGAGAAUUUUUUUUUUUUGCUAGAAGUGGUUCACCUUCUUUCUUUUGGUUUUGGUGGGACAAUGUUUAGGAAAUCUCUUCAGAAAUAAGAAGUUGUUUCAUUAACUGUGGUAUAAAUCUCAGACAUUUAACUUACAGGCAAGAAUUGUCUAAUUUCACUUGUGCAAGACAUGUGCCUUAAAAUUAUUUUUAGUGUAAAAUUCAACAGAUUUUGUAAUAGAAUUACUUUAUUAAUAGCUGUAUAAACAGUAAUUCAGUCAAUCUAGAACAAUUGAAGUGGCAUACACAAUAUAAAUCAUAUGUCUUCACAUGUUGCCUAUAUAAUUCUGAGAGGUCCAGAAUCAGUAUGGUCCCUCCCUUGCCCACAAAACAAACACGAUUGUUUGGGUUUUAGAAUUGACACUGGAAGCAGGUAGUUGUAGAGUUCCUCUAAGGUUUACCUAGUUCUAUUUAUCCUCUAUUAGUAUAAAAAGAGGUCUUAUACUGGGGACCAGUGGAAGCACAGAACACUGAUAUUUCAGGAAAGAAGAAACUAAGAUAAGCAAUGGGUGGAGAUUUGUUGAUAACUCUUUGGUUGAGAUAGUAAACAGUGGCUCCUUUCUGUCUUAUCUUCUCCUAGUUCAAGUGUCUGACUCCUUUUUCUCCAGAGAGUUGUAAUUAUCUUGUCUUAAAAUGUCCUGGUACUCCUUUGAACCAAAUAAAGAGUUCUUGUUUCUGAA